AAUUUUUAACUAGUAGCAUUAAAUAAGAGUCAGUUAAGCCGCCUAGUUUUAUUUAAUUUGCGCAACUGCUAGAUACGGAAGUCGAUGAAUAUUCGAUAACAUCGAUCCCUGCAUUUGGUAGGGUUAAACAAGAAGCCAAGCGGAUGAAAAUAUUCAAACUUAAUUCAAAAAUUCCCGCAGUUAAGUAGUUUGCGCCAAGCAAUGCAUCACAAGAUAAAAACUCAUCGCGCCCAUUCUUGGAAAUUCCAAUUCUAAGAUUUCGCUCCAUUACCGCGAAAAGAUGAGGUUCAUCACAACAGGACUUGCUCUGCUAGCCUACUCAAUCCAUCUGGCUGACGGAGGAGGAUUUGGCCAGCUGCUGGACCCCGAUUGUGGUACGUCGAAGGAGGGGCCUGCCGGAAGGAUCACCCGGGGCACGAGCGCAGACCCGUUAUCAAAUCCAUGGAUGGCACUUGUGAUUGACGUGAUUAGAGAGAAGAUGUGUGGUGGCUCGCUGAUCACCAGACGUACGUACUCAAAUCUAGCAAAUGAAUGAGUUGUUCGUCUAGUCACCUGCCAAUAUUUCUAGGUUUCGUUCUCACGGCAGCACACUGCAUCGUGAGUUCCAAAAUGAUCGUGCGCUUGGGCGAGUACGAUGUCCGAAAUCCCAGACCUGACUGCGGUGGUGGGGUCUGCGUGCCAAGGGCCUAUACCGUUGAAUUGGAUAUGAAAUUUGUACAUAGCGGCUAUAGGAGCAUAUUCAAAUAUGACAUCGGUCUGCUGCGCAUGAAGACUGCGGUCCAGUACUCAGACUAUGUGCGGCCGAUCUGUUUCCUGGUUAAUGGACACUUGGAGAACCGUACCGAAUUCAAUAUCACCGGCUGGGGUCUUACCGACAAUGGCCAACCAAGUCAGACGCUCCAAACAGCCACGGUGUUCAACGUCGAUCUCGACUAUUGCAGCAAAAAGUUUACGGGGGGGACAGUGGAUGAAUCGCACAUUUGUGCUAGCAACUCGAAGGGAGAUGCAUGUCACGGGGACUCGGGAGGCCCGCUAAGUGCACAGAUUGUUCGUGACGGCAGCUCAUUGACCUUCCAGUACGGAAUUAUUAGCUAUGGAUCCGAGAAAUGCAAUUCCCACGGCGUUUACACCAAUGUAACGCACUAUAGGGAGUGGAUAUUGAGCACCAUCGAAGCGGCCUCGUUGCUGGAGGAGAACUGUGGAACAGUGGCGCGCAGCCGCAGAGUUCGGCGGUUAGUUGGAGGCCAUGAUGCCGGGGGGCUUUCACAUCCAUGGAUGGUUAUGGUGCCCAUAGAUUAUCGUAGUUUUUGCGGCGGUUCGCUUAUCACCUCCCGUUUUGUGCUGACAUCAGCGAGCUGUGUCUAUUCCUGGAUGAUUAUGAAAGUGUUUCUCGGCGGGCAUGACAUGGAUUUGCCGCAAACAUUCCUGGAGGUCCAAAUCGAUCGAAAAAUCCUGCACCCACAGUUCGGUCUGCAGAAUCCCUUUAAACACAACAUAGCUUUGCUUCGAAUGAAGCAAGAAGUUCCAUUCUCAGACCGCAUCAGGCCCAUCUGUCUUUCCAUCAAUCAGCCCUUGGCGAGACUUCAGAAGUACACCCUCACUGGCUGGGGUGAUACCGGCGACGGUAGGGAGAGCCGCAUCCUCCAAGAGAAUACUUUGUUUGGCGUCGAUCCUUCACUUUGCAAUAGCACGUUUUACGGUCAAGUCGAUCGUUCGCACAUAUGCACCACUGGCAUGAACGGUAAUAUGUGCAAUAAGGAUGGUGGAGGCCCAUUGAGCGCGCAGCUUCCCUACAAGGGCACUAAUCGGACUUUCCUGCUGGGAGUCAUCAGCUUUGGCGAAUUAACCUGUAGAGGCUAUGGGUUGUCCACAAAUGUGGCGCACUACUUGGACUGGAUCAAGAACAUGAUUGAAGAAAACUCAAUUACAUUCAUUUAGAGUCCAAAUGAUUUCAGAAAGAUGAGAAACCAUUCAUCUAUUGGUCGUUGCAAAACUGCAAUUGAAACCAAGA